GUCGUUACACAUGUCUUCCCAUCCCAUCCCCAACAGAAUCAUAAACUUUAUUAAACUCUUUAGGAGAUUGCUUAAUACUACUACAGACUCGACGCCAAUUCCUCAUGCUUAUUACAAGGAAUCAAGUAGUUUAGAUUGUAGAUCCGAGCCAAUACCUCAAAUCAUCUAUCGCUGCAAGAAGUGCCGAAGGAUUGUUGCUUCACAGGAGCAGAUAGUUUCUCAUGAACCUGGAGCUAAAAAAGGUUUCAGGUGGACAGGGAAAAAGGGAGGACCAGUGCACAUGAAUGAAGAGCCUGCAGAAUGUUCCUCCAUUUAUGUAGAACCUAUGAAGUGGAUGGAAGCAGUUCAAGAAGGUUUUGUGGGACAAAAGCUGCAGUGCAUUGGCUGUAAAGGUCGCCUGGGUUCUUUCAAUUGGGCAGGAAUGCGGUGCAACUGUGGAGCAUGGGUUAUUCCUGCAUUUCAGCUGCACAAAAAUCGGAUGGAUGAAUGCAGUCUGUGAGUUGACUCAUCAACUAUCUUAAUCGUGUGGUAAUAUAUCCAUUAUCCAGGAUGCUGAAAACAAUAGUAGUACAUAUAGUUUCCGUGGGAUCUUAUCAUCCUUGUUGAUCUGAUCUAUAAUAAUCAUAAAAAAACUCUGCUCCUAGGUACUAAUUUAAUUCUAUAUUUUGCACCUCCUAUUAGCACUGUCAAUUUCUUAUAUUACCUGAAUAAUUCUGUUUGACUUUUACAAGGAGUUUAUUGCAUCAAUUUAUAUCUCAUUAGUUUUUGAAUU